UUGUGUGUUCGAUGCUUAGGUGAAUGUUAUGUUUCUCCUAACCAAUGUAUGUACUCCGUCGACGAGUGUUCUGUAACUGCAUUUUCAGCGCAGGUUGAGUACAGUAGGUGUGUAGACACUGAUUAGUGCCCGUCUGUAUUAAUUUGAGGAAAAAAGACACAUCGGGACAUGGGUGUUGCCGAUCGGUCAGACCUCAAGCGUGAAGACGUUCUUCAGGCCGUCAUUCUAGCCGAGACAUUCUGCACGGAAUUUCAACCACUUACCGAGAGCGUGCCAUUUGCUCUGCUGCCAUUGCAAGGUCGGCCGCUUCUGGACUACAAUUUAGAACUUCUGCAUUCUAAUGGAUUCCAAGAAGUCCACAUCUUCUGCCAUGGACAUAAUGCUGAACGUAUCAAAAAUUAUCUUAGCGCAUCAAAAUGGAAAUCGUUCGAGACGCAACGGUUCUCAGUGAAGGUGAAUUCGGCCGAUAACUAUAUGUCCUUUGGAGAUAUGAUGCGUGACCUCGAUGGCAAGGCUUACAUCAGAUCGGACUUCCUGUUGAUGCAAACUGGCGUGGUGUCAAACAUCGACAUGCGACAACUUCUUAAGGCACAUCGGCAGAACCAAACGGCUUCGAACGCGAAAAGUUUAAUGACGGUCGCUGUACGUCGAUUGAACCCAAGGCAUCGUACUCGUUCAAGAAACGAGCAUUUUGUAGUAUUCCUUGAUGCUAACAACAAAAUUCUCUAUGCACACUUUAAUCAGAAAAAGACGAAGUACAUUGACGCGCCUUUAGAAGUAUUGAUUUCUGGGGGGUCGGUAUCGGUACGCGCCGACCUUGCACAGACAGAGGUUGUCUUCUGUAAUCAACAUGUCCCUGCCAUUUUCUCUGAUAACUUCGACUAUCAGGACACUAAUGACUUCGUUAAGGGUAUUAUCGAACACGAAGAAAUCAUGGGCAACUCGAUCCACCUCUACGAAGUGCACGACGCAUACUGUUCGUGCGUUACGAAUGUUUCAAUGUAUUUAAGGAUCGCCAUUGAUAUAGCGAAAAGAUGGACACAUCCAUACACGGUGGACAUGCACAUUCACGACUGCCAUUUGCAACGGGGUGGUUAUUAUAUUGCUAAGAAGGGUCGAAUCGCGCCAUCAGCCGUCGUUAGCCAGUUCUCAGUGGUGUUAGGUUCGAUUUCCGAAGGAGCACAAAUCACGCGAUCGUAUGUCGGUGAAGGUAGUUCAGUAGCUGCGUCAGCUCGCCUAAACGAGGUUACUCUAGGCAAAAACGUCAUUGUUGAAGAAAACUGCGUUCUCAGUCAUUGUCUUGUCGGAGACGACUGCAUCGUCCACAAAGAUACGAUACUUGUGCGCAGCAUCCUAGCUCCUCGUGUACAGGUAGGUCCCUCAGUGAAGCUAGAGGACCAGCAACUGCAGAGCGUCCCCUUUGAUGACGGAUUUGGAGAUAAGACUGACGCAGGUAACGAUAAUGUUAGUGUGGAUACCACAUGCGAUAAAGCGAAGUUUGGCGCAAAGGCUGUUGCUUUCGAAUUUGAAGAAGGAGAUGACGACAGCGAUAAUGAAGAUGAGCCGAAUGACCUUUUGUACGAGAAAUGGGGAAUUCAAGACGAUGGGAUGUUCAGCGACGGGUUUGUGUCAGAGGAGGAGGACGAUGGCGAGUCUGAGACCAACAGUGUUGGAGACGGCGACGAAAUUGAUGGAGGCGUAGAUCCUGUUGAAGGCAUCGAAUACUCAAAUCUAUUUUUUAAAGAGGUUAUGGAAAGUCUUCAAAGAGGCAUCGAAGAAAACAUUAAACCAGAGAAUUUAAUCCUCGAAAUAAACUCUUCAAAGCACGCGUACAAUGUCACCAUAUCGGAGGUCAUCGAAACUACCACGCGUGCUUUGCUAUCAGUUUGUUUGGGACAAGAGAAAACCGGCAAAGCCUUUAUGACUACGUUCAAAAAGUCUACAAGCCAGGUCACUGGCAUCCUCCGCAACUAUCUGAAAAAAGAUGACUCGCAACGUAUUUGUAUCGAUGAAAUCGGUCGUUUCUACGUUCGUUUACGACCAUCCUGUGAUGAGAGUCUACAAAAAACGUCACAGAAUAUCAUUAACUUUCUUUACCAGACAGAUAUCCUUUGCGAGAACACGAUUUUAGAUUGGUAUGACGACCUAUCCGACGAGGUGAUAAAAAAGCAUGUGAAGUCAUUUAUCGAAUGGCUUCAGGAGGACAGUAGCGACGAAGAUGACAGCGAUGAGACUGAGUAAUGAAUAACUGAGAAGCACAUAAAACAAGGUGAGAAAAAAUCUGGAAGGUGCUGUCCUUUUACUUUACGAAUAUUGUCUGAGGUCUGUGUGAAAAGGCUGCGUGUAACAUGUCUAUAUAUAAAUUUAUAUAUGGAAUGAAAAAAAUAAUACAUACAGUAACUAAGAACGAUGAGAUUGAUUAUUGUUGCUGAAUGGAAACUGUGUUUUGUCUUAGAAGGUUUAUAUGCAUAAUGAAUAUGAUAGGUGGCUUGUUGCUUAUACUGUUAAUAUUGUUGUCGAGACUGGAGUCCGCUCUACAUUCGAGUUUUACAUCCGUUACUUAAGUUGGUUAGGCAGUGCUUCGAACAGUUGGCUCCCAGAACGAAACGCGAUUUCUUCAUGCGAAUUCGAACCUAGAGCGCCAUAUGUUCCUUAGUUUAGGUAAACACGUUAUUACGUUGCCAAAAUAAGUUGAAGUCAGUGAAUACAGUCAUAAAUUUUAAUUGGAGUCAUUUGAGAACCGCUAGAUUUCAGUUCAAGAUAUUAAUGUAGGCCUUAUACAUGGACUUCUAGGUUGCCUUCAAACAUUCUAUGUUAACAUCGUAAUCCUAAGAAGCCACAUUUUGUUAAGAACAUUUAAAUUGCCCAGGGAAUACAUAUUUAAUUGUCAAUUCUGUAUCUCUGCAUGAAUCUGUUCGUUGAGUUUUUAUUGUUAGAAGAAUUCUCACUCUUCGAUGUAGUAUUAGCUCUAUUUUUAAGGCCCCACAAAUAUAUUGGGAAAAAUCAAUUUGUUGUGAAUGAGCAUAGUUGGCUGCCUAUUAUUGUAAGUGAGGUUGCGUUUGCCAAUAAAUAUUUCUGCCGAUUAAAGU